AUUUGGCAGGCCGCUUUCCUGACCGGUAUAAUCGGGUGAAAGGUCGAAUGGACGCCUUGGUGAAGGAUUGGAGGCGUUGGAAGCGUCAGGCGGUGAAGAACUUGGCCUGCCAUGGGCUGAAGCCGUCAAGAAGUGGCAUCUGGGCACGAUGGUGGAUCUGAACGCUUUCAUGGAUUACUGGGAAACGACGGAGCUCAUAAUUGCUGCCAGUCCCCUACCUCGCUUUCAGACACUCUGCCUGACAGACCUUCCUCCCGAGAUCAUCGACCGGAUUAUGGAGCAUUCAAGUCCAGGAGAAUUGAGAGUAUGGUGCAUGACCUGCAGGCUGCUGCGAGAGCGUGCCCUUUACUAUGCGUAUGAGGCCCUCGAGUACGAGAUGACUCCGAAGGAACUCGAGCGCGACCGACUUCGAAGCGAACCUAUAGGCAGUGACCAUUUUCCGCAAAUGCAGGAAUACAUACGUGGCAUCGCCAUGGGACAGCGCGACGCCAUUCUUCAUCGCAUGCGCCACGCCAUGGGCCAGCCAAGCAUCGCCCGUCAGAUCCGGCGCCUGGCGUUUGUUGAGACCUGGACCUCUACCCGCACACGCUCGCGCCUCGAGCCGUUCAGCUACAUGGACCAUAUGGGCAUUUCCUAUCACGACAUGUUCACUCCAGUUUUCGAGCUGCUGGUCGACCACCUCCGUUCUUCUCCCGUCGACAAGCUCGUGUACCAAAGCCGCUUUAUCUAUGCUUACCUGUGGGAUGCAAUCUCGGAGUCGGCGAACCUUCGCCACCUUGACUUGGUGACUAACGUGCCCACGGACACGCCAUGGCCCUUGGCGCCGAACGUAGUCAACCUCCACCUCACAAUAUUCAAUACCGAUGACCAUCCGGACCGCCUUUGGAAUAUCGCCUACUCAUGCCCAUCGACGCUCUUUCUCCACGUUCGCGAUCCAUUCCGAUACAUGGUCUACAUUCCGAGGGCGCUCUCCAGCGCCGAUGGCCGUAAUAUCAUGACGCACGUACGGCGGCUCGACCUACAGGACGUUAUAGCCGACACCCUGAUCAAUCUAGUGACCGCCAUUCUGGUCGCGGGAACCAUACCCCUCACGCACCUCGCCAUCUCCGCCACUGUUUCGCGUAUCAAGCGCGCCAUCGCGCUCGUACUGGCCGAUUCGCUUCGUAAUGCACCCAACCUCGCCGCCCUUCGCCUGUCCGGUCUGCACUUCGUCGACCCCGUCUUCUUCGCUCUCCUUGGACAGUGCGUCCCAAACCUCAGGCAGCUUGUCAUAGAAUACAAGCCAGGUAUCUUGCUGUCGAAGUCAUACCCCAAGGCUCCCUGGCCAUUCCCCUCGUACUGCUACGCCCCGCUCUUCGCGGCGUUCCCGUACUUGGAGCACUUAGGGUUGAAUAUCCCGAUCGUCGACGUCUCGUGUACAUCGAAAUACCUCGCGCGCAUGGAGAGCGGCUACCAGGAUAUGCCAUCGGUCGAGGAGGGUGAUCUAGGACAAGACAGUAGCGGAACUGCAGUGGAUUGUGUGGCAAUGGAGGGAGCGCGAGCUAUGGCACGCCUCUUCGCGGUGUACGCGCCUCGGCUACGCACCAUCUUCUUCGAACAAGUGGCUUUGCAGGUCUGGAAUUCUGCGUGGGCCAUUGAUCGUGAUCCCAACGGGCGGCCACUGCCACGUAGGGACCUCACGCGCAAGGAGAGGUCGCGAGGUAUGACUUGCGGCUCGUUUCGCUGGGCGGCCGACUGGGAGUUCAGCGAGAAGGAGUUGAAGGAGAUUUUGCGCGGCGCCAGCACGCCCUCAUCCAUCUAAAGCAGUCAACUCUCGUUGGAUUUGAUAGAAGCACCGUCCGAUUAUCUCGCAUAUGUACCAUCCAUAACAGCAUUCUACCUCAUAGUCAGGAUACUUGCGCGCGAUCACAGAAUGAAUAAUGGCCGGCGAUGUCCGAAUUUCUGAG